AUGACUUUCACCAUCAACGCUGAUCAACCAACAGAGACACUCUCAAAUGAGAUAAAAGAAGCGUGCAAAUCUACAGGAUUUCUUUAUCUGACGAAUACUGGUAUAGAUAGUAAGGAAGUAUUCAAAAUAUCCCAGAACUUUUUCCAAGAUACGUCAGCUAGUGAUAAAGCUGAUUAUAGGAUAACAACAGCGAAUGAAGGUUAUGUCAAUUUCGGCGAUGAGCUAUUAGAUCCAAGUCAACCAGACAAAGAUCUCAAAGAGGCGUUUAACUUUGGUGUGAAAUCAGCUUUUGUCGACAACUCACAGUCACUUCCUGAGACAUUCAAAGGUAAUAAUUUCCAAACUCUCAAAGAGUUCUCUACUAAUUGUUACAACCUUGGCAUAAAACUACUUCAUGCUUUCGCAUUAUCACUUGAUUUGGAGAGUGACUAUUUCACCAAAUUUCAUUCAUCGUCAGCUCCAAAUAGUUCUACAUUUAGAAUGCUUUAUUAUCCUCCAGUUGAAGCCACUACUUCAAAUGGUAGUUUGAGAGCUGGUGCUCAUUCAGAUUACGGCAGUUUGACUUUCUUGUUUCAAAACAGCGAAAUUAGCGGUUUGCAGAUACUUAAAAAUGGAGUUUGGGAGGAUGUCGAACCUGUACCAAAUGCUGUGCUGGUAAAUAUUGGUGAUAUAAUGGAAUUUUGGACAGGUGGUCAAUUCAAAUCAACGACACACCGAGUGGUAAAACCAAAAAUGACAGAGCAAAGCAAACCAAGGCAAUCUUUGGCAUACUUCUUCCAUCCCGAUGACGACGCGAUCGUGAAUGCGAUGGACACCACCGUUGAAUCCAUCAAGGGUCUCUCUACAGAGACGUCUCUGACAGCUUACGAAUACCUCCAUCAACGAUUAAGAGCUACGUAUACUUCACGAAAAGAUGUUUGAAAAGAAUAUCAAUUAUGUAUUAUAAUCUGAAUAGAUACAAGAAAAUGGUAUAAAGAAAACAGAAGAAGCGCUUGCUAUAAUAAUAAAAUCAGACUAUCUAUUAAACUACUCCCGUGGUAAUGUUACGUUAGUUUUCUGUGGUGAGGCUUCAUAUGCUUCAAUAAUAGAAUUAGAGUCCAGGAUAUCUUCUGUAGGCGGUUUGUGUUGAUCACUAUCAUAUCCAGCGCCUUUUGGUGUGAUGGAGUUUGAUUUCGAAGAUUGAUUGCUGCUAUUUCUAUUCCUCCUAAAUGAAAAUUUCCUCUGUGAUGAUGUCGAUUGAUUUGAGCUAGUGCUAGCGUAAGGCAAUACUGAUUCUGAAAUAUGAUAGCGGUGGUUGCUUUUCCCACUCGCGCUACCACUAUCAGGUGAUUUCGGUUGUGGAGAUGGGUUAAUUUCUUGAAGUUGUUGUUCAAGCUCAUUUGAUCCUGACCUACGUCUAGACGACGUUCUAUUUGAUGGUGAUGAUCUCAUUUGUGAGGCUCUUCUACCUAAUACCUGAAAUUGCUCUCGUAUACCCGCAGCACCUCUCGGUCCGAAGUCAUUAGAUAUUCCCUGAGUAGAUGCUCUCAUUGUUGACAUAUCUGGUGCUUGUGGUGGUGACUCAUGGCGAUUUAAUGGUGAAUCAACAGCAUAUCUCGUUCUAGACGAUUCAUUUGUAUUAGUUGCUAAUGUGUUUGAACGCUUCAAAUCGUGCUUCUCAGCUUUAGGCGGUGGUGCCCAAGUUAAAGGCUCAUUAUCGAAUAUCGUCUUAUAGUAAAGAAUGAGAUCUUCCAUAGUCUUAUCCUUUGAUGCAGAAUGUUGCAUCUUGAGAGCAUCUGCAGCACUCAUACCUUGUAGCUCCUCAACGCUGAUAUCACCCAUCAAUACAGGUUGGAAGACGAUAGCCAAACUAGACGCAUUCAUUUUAUUGAAUGGUUCAUAAUGUGCGACUAAUGCUAGAUGCUCAACAACCAUCCUAAGUGUGCUAAAUGCCAAUGGUGAGAGUUUCCUCAGUUUAGAUUUCAAAAGAGGGAAUGAUUCGGCGAAUUGUCUUUGACGUGAUUCUGUGUGUUGUACGCGCUCUGCGAGUGAACAUCUGAAUAAUGGCUCAGGUAAUUGACGGAGGUAAAGCUUCAAAAGGCCUGCAAUCGUGUGUGGUUCAUCAGUGUUUGUUAUUUCAAAGUUGCCAUAGUCUUUCUCAAUUCGUCUGACAAGAUCUGUGACAGCUGCCUGACGAGGACUAAUUCUAUAAAGACCUUCCGUCUUCACUCCACGUUGUCCUAAAGCCCAUAUAGCUUGAGAUACAACUCGUGGAGGAUUAUCGCCUGUACCGCAUGUCAUGGCCAAAUCUGAAAGCUUGACACCAAAGACAAGCUUCGAAUGAUUCUCCUGAAUGAUCAACGUAGAGAUAACGUGGUGGUAUACCCAAAGAAGCAGGAUCAUCUGGUAAUGUACUCUUGAAUUGAGCGAGAUCCUUCUCAGGAUCAAUUCUUUCAAUGGUAUCGCGAACAUAGUACGACAGAUUAUCUUGAGUUUUAACUGCAGCAAUGUGAUGUUCGGCGUAACAGGUCAAACGUUCGCGCAUUUGAUCAGAUAACGCCUCUAUAAAUUCAGAAAGACUGACAAAAGCUGCGCCUUGCAGACGUUCUCGCUGUAAACGUAAACUCUCCAAAUGGAAAACUGCUUGUCUGUAAGUUUGAUCGGCUUCCUCAACCUCUCUUUUCGCUUUCGCGGUCUUAAGUGCACUUGGUUUAGGACCAGAUUGGAUAGUUGAAGGAUCUUCUAUCACUUUACUCUCGCGUUCACCGUCAUUUGCACCGGCAGUACCGAUAUUUUUAAAGAAGCUAUUUAGGUGGCGCUUUCCAUUAGCCCAGUCUUUUGUCUUGAAUGCAUUUAUCAUUUCUUUGCCAGCAGACUGAUGACCACUUUCAGGUGACAUUGGUCGGGAUGAGUUUGGUAUCUCUUCAGAGUUCGUAGAUGUAUUGCUCUGUAUGGGGUGUAAACUAGCUGUAUUCUGCAAAAGCCUAGCUUGAGCUUCGAUAGCAGCACUUUGGCGCUGGUGUGUUUCCAGCUCGGUGUAUCUCUUCUCGUAUGAUUUUUUCAGCUUCAUAACCCUCUCCCUGUAGUCAUUAUAGUCAGCUGAACUUGAUCUGAUAUCUUCCUUUACGCGUCGACGCGUGCGUUCGUGUGUAUCCUAAAACAGUCAGUGGUUCAAUAACGUCCGCUUCAAUAGCAUGUUUGAAAGAAUCUCUAGCUUGUCGUUCCCGAUCUAACCCUUCACGGACCUCUUUCCAGACGUGACGGAGGGAAGUCAU